AUGAUGUCUCGGCUCAGGUCUGGGAAUGAUUCCCAAAUGACUGCUACUGCUAAUGAUUAUGACCAUGACGAGGAGGAUUUUCCUCAAAAGGGGCUUGUUGCGCCCAAGUAUAUGGGGACGAUUGCGGAUAAGAGGGAUAUGAAUGCGUUGGGGAGGGCUCAAGUCUUACGAGUGAAGAAAUUUUCGAUUUAUUUCGAUCGUUGGGUUUGGAUGCACUUUGAUUUAUUAUUGUCAGCUGGACUGACUGACGGCGGGACGGCGGGGUUGAUUUGGGGAUUUAUUGGAGUCUCGUUGGGAUUCACACUUGUUUAUGCCAGUAUAGCCGAGAUGGCUUCGAUGGCCCCCACAGCUGGUGGACAGUACCAUUGGGUGUCAGAAUUCGCACCGAGAAGAGGACAGAAAUUCCUCAGCUACAUGACAGGAUGGCUCUCUGCGAUGGGUUGGCAAUGUGCAAUCGUCUCCAUUGCUUACCUGGCCGGAACUAUCAUACAGGGCCUAAUCGUAUUGAAUCGGCCAGACUAUGACUUCCAGCGCUGGCAUGGGACUAUGUUAGUCAUUGCCAUUUCGACCUUUUCCAUCAUCUUCAACACUUUCUUAGCAAAGAACUUGCCGUUUGUGGAAGGGCUGAUUUUGAUCAUCCAUGUCAUUGGAUUGUUUGCGAUCAUUAUUCCUCUGUGGGUGCUGGCACCAAGGAACAAUGCCUAUGCAGUCUUCACCCACUUCAACAAUGGUGGUGGUUGGGAUAGUGCUGGGACGGCAACACUAGUGGGCCUCUCCACCACCAUCACCUCCAUGCUGGGUUAUGACUGCUCUGUCCACAUGUCGGAGGAGAUCAAAGACGCUUCGGAGACGCUACCCAAGGCCAUGAUGUCCUCAGUGGCGGUCAACGGGGUAUUGGGAUUCAUUAUGCUUGUCACGCUGUGCUUCACCCUCGGAGAAGUCGAAACUGUGCUAGAAAGUGCGACGGGAUUCCCAUUCAUUCAAAUCUUCUACAACACGACGGGCAGCUUAGCAGCCACCAACGCCAUGACAGCCGUCCUCAUAGUAACCCUCACGGCUAGCACCAUCACCGAAGUCGCGACCGCAUCACGACAGCUGUGGUCUUUCGCUCGGGAUGAAGGUGUUCCCUUCUCAUCCUUCUUCGCCUACGUAACACCGGGAUGGAACAUCCCUCUCAACUCCGUGAUGGUGUCGCUGGCAGUGACUGUUCUCUUGUCAAUGAUCAACAUCGGAUCCCAGGUAGCUUUGAAUGCCAUCAUAUCUCUGACAAUCACGUCCUUGAUGUCAGCGUACAUUGUGUCAAUUGGCUGCGUGCUCUUGAAGCGGCUCCGUGGAGAAUCUCUCCCACCUCACCGUUGGUCACUGGGCCGAUACGGCCUGGCGGUGAAUGUCGGAGCGCUAUGCUUCCUACUCCCCCUCUUCGUCUUUGCUUUCUUCCCCUGUCAACGCCCGUGA